CCGGUCGGGGCCGGCGCGCGGGAGUGGCGCGGGCUCCGCGGGCACCAUGAGACCCGAGGCCGCGGCCGCCGGAGCUCGGGAGGCUCAGGGGGGCUUCUGUCACUGCCCCGGGGACCGGCCCCCGAGGCCGCCGCCUCCGCGCGGCCCAGACAGCCCCGCACCGUGGAGACCGUGGACCCUGACCCCCGGAGAUGCUGAGCCGACCACAGCUGGAAGCCCGCCUGAGCCCGGAGGUGCCCAGCAAACUUUUGGAUCAAAGGGAGCCUUUGGGUUUCAGCAUCCUGUAAGACUUUAUCUACCCGCUUCCAAACGUCAAGAAUACCUGCAGAGAUCCGGGGAGAAAGUGCUGGCCAGUUUCCCAGUGCAAGCCACGAUUCACUUCUACAACGAUGAGUCUGAUGGGUCUGACUCCGAGGAUGAGGAGCAAGAGGAAGAAACCCCGCCCUGCCAUCUUCCCUGCCAGGAGCCAGACGGUCUAGAGGAAAAUCACCAAGGGGGAAAGAGCAGAGAUGGGCCCUUACACCAAGGGUGGCCACCGGGUGGAACGGGGGGCCUCUGUGGUAAGGGUCAGCUUCCCCACGGUGACCCCCCAGGGGACUGUGAGUGCUCCUCCAACGAAUGAAUCCGUGAAUCGCUCUCUCUUCCACCGCAGCCCCACAGGGCUGCUCCUCCUGGGCCCUGGUCCAGGCCUGCCCCACCCUUGUCCUCUUGGGGACAGCCAAGCCAGGACAGUUUGCACCCACUGCUGGGCCUGCAGGGGCUGAGGGCUGCUCAGCACUCUACUCAUGGCAAGAGCUCAGCUUUUACUUUUCUUUCUCCCGGGGAUUCUUUUUUGGUGCACUCAUGCAUGCCUUUGAGAAAGGGUUCCAGGACAAAGAGGUUUGUGUCGACACUGGUUGUUAUCAGGUAGAGCCAACUUUCAAAGCUCAUGGAGCAUUGUCACUCUGCUGAUCAGAUUACAAAUUAUUCCUGUAUAGGUUAGUGACCCACCCCCACCUCUCACUUAACCUGAGACUCAUUAUUUAGCUAUUUCUACUUUUGUAAAAACAAUUUAGAUAUUAAAUCCCAAUGUUAAUCCAUUGUCCAAGGGUUGAUGCAGUUAGCAGUAUUUUGAAAAAAAAAUUUGUUUAUAAAAAAAAAUACUGAAUAAUUUUCAUAAGAGUAACAAAGAAAAAGUUAUGAAUUUCUAAGGGACAGUUCUGGAUUUUAAAAAGUACGUGAUUAUUGUGUAAGGACUGUUUGUAUGCAUAUAUAAGGAUUAGAACUGUAAUUCCUCUUAGUUGAUGACAGCUUUGGACUUGUUACUUGAAUGGACUAUCACUAUUUUUAAUUAAAAUAUCUAAUGUAAAAUUAUUUUGAGUUUUUUAUAUUUUGAUAACCAAAUGAGUGUAUACCUCAAAGUUUUUGACUUAAUUAUUUUACAUGUGGUUGUCUUCCUGUAUAUAGUACAUU